AGAUGGCCAUAGUGUAUCCAGCAUUGAAACUCCAUGGUCAAGUGAAGAACUCCCUUUUUUGUGUGCUUUGAAUAAGCAUUUUGUAGAGAGAGGAAAAAAAGAGGCGGAUUUAUCUCCAUUUUUUUUUCUGGAUUGCAACACACACCCUAUAAGUGCAUUGCUCUCAGAGGUGUGGUGCAAGACCUUGGGGAAAAUAUUUUUCCUGGUUAGUGGUGAUUUUGUCUUUGUGCAAUUGCUGUGGGUGAUCAACAUGGUGAACAGACUGUGUGGGAGUUGUUUGUUGCUGUUGCUGCUGACUUGUGGAGGAGUGACACCUGGGGAAAUAGUGAGGGAGAAGAGAAACUCUGCUGACUACUUUGAAUGUCCACAACCAACUGGGCUGUUUGCUGACCCAAAGACCUGCAGAAGGUUCAUUUCUUGUGUGGAAAAGCAUCCUUACUUGAAUUACUGCCCACCAGGGCUCUACUUUGAUGACAUCAGCAAGAGCUGCACCUUCAAGAAUGAUGCCCACUGUGGACCUAUAUCUACAACUGAAGCCCCUACAACAACUAUUGGGCCUGAUUCUGCCAGGAAGUGUGAGCCAAACCAGUGCCAACUUCCUUACUGCUUUUGCUCAAGCGAUGGCACAAGAAUCCCAAAGGACAUGGAUCCAAAAGAUGCAAAUGAGAUGAUUGGCAUGAGGGAAAUCCUGAGAAGGUAUGCCAAUGUGUCUAUUGAGGACAUCCUGGGAAUGCGGGCACCAUUUUUAAUGCCAGGAAGAAAUGCUCAAUAUGAGGUUUUGAGGGACUUCAAAUUGGCAUAUGAUUCCAGUGUUGGUGUGCCACCCUUGCAGAAGCCAGUGUGGCCAUAUACUCUGGACUAUGAAAUUUCUCAUGAAUGCAAAGCUGGCACUUGUCCUACCAAAUCCUUUCCAGGUAUUUGGGAAAUACCACUGAAUGCUCACCAUGUGCAUGACUAUGAUGGUGGCCAUUGUCCCUACUUGGACCAAUGUGUCUUGUUCAAUCAUGACCCUGAGGACAUUUUCAAUUGGCUCAGGGAGGAUUUUGAGAGAUACUACAACCAGAACAGAGCUCCAUAUGUGAUGGCUUUCCAUACCAACUGGUUCCAGCAAGCAAAGCUGGAAAAGGGUCUGCACUUGUUUGUGGACUGGGCUCUGAAAAAAGAUGAUGUGUGGUUUGUGACAGCUACUCAAGCAUUACUUUGGAUCACAGACCCUGUGCCAAAUAGUGAAGUUAUAGAUCUGGAGGCUUGGGAUUGCACCAAACAGCCCAAGAGGGAGCCACCAUGCAAAAGGCCCACCAGUUGUGGGCCUUUGAUUUCUGAGAGGCCAGGAGAGACUGCUGGUUCAAGGAUGCUUCCAACGAAGCAAUUCGGAUCCGCCUUUUGGUUUCUUCUCCUACUGGCUCAUGGAGGGUAUGGUGCAAAGCAAGGGCCAGUGCUGCUGUGCUAUUUGGGCAGCUGGGCCACAUACAGCCCAGGCCAUGGGAAGUUUGACAUAGAUGAUCCUGCCCACACAUACCAAAAGUUGUGCACUCAUGUAGUGUACAGCUUUGCUGGGCUGGACAACAAGACUGACUCCAUCAGGUCUUUGGAUCCAUUUCUUGACUACCCUGAAAAUGGCGGCCGAGGAUGGUAUGAAAAAUCAGUUGGACUGAAAGCCAUGAACCCUAAGCUGAAGGUCUUGAUGGCCAUUGGUGGGUGGAAUGAAGGCUCUGAAAACUAUUCCAAUAUGGCUGCCUCCAAGGAGAGAAGAGCUGCAUUUGUGGAAUCAGUCUUGGAGAUGCUCAAGAAAUUUGGAUUUGAUGGACUUGACCUUGACUGGGAGUACCCUGCAAGACGUGGUGGCAAACCUGAGGACAAGCAAAACUUUGUUGAGCUAAUCAGGGACUUGAAAAAGGCCUUUAAGCCUCAUGGUUUCUUGCUGACUGCUGCAGUUGGAGCUACAGUAGCACACAUUGAAGAGUCCUACAAUGUGAGAGAGAUGAGCAGGUACUUGGAUCUAGUGAAUGUCAUGGCCUAUGACUACCAUGGACCAUGGGACAAGCAAACAGGACACAAUGCACCAUUGCAUGCAAGCAGGGAUGAACCUGAGGAAAGUCAAGGGUUGAAUGUUGAAAUGACAGUGAAGAAGUACCUAGAUCUUGGGUGUCCACCAGAGAAAAUGGUCCUUGGACUGCCACUCUAUGGCAGGUCCUUUGUUCUCACUGGUUACACCCCCAAUGGUGCCAUUGACACUUCUGUUGGUGCCCCAACCUCUGAUAGAGGUUUCAUGGGUCCAUACACUAGGGAAAAUGGUUUCCUGAGCUAUCUUGAGAUAUGUGAAAAGGACAUGAAGGGAUUCUGGAAGGAGGAGAAAUGGGACAAUGAACAAGCUGUGCCUUAUCUCAUUAAUGGAACUCACUGGGUUUCUUUCGACAAUGAGAGGAGUCUGGAACUCAAGGUUCAGUUUGCCAUGAGACUGGGACUGGGUGGUGCCAUGGUUUGGUCAGUGAACAGUGAUGAUCUGAAGGGAAUCUGUGGCAAGGGCCAGCACCCACUGCUCACAGCCAUCAACAGUGCCCUUGUUCACUCAGCACACUCAGGUGACACCAAUGACCUGGACAACUCCCCCUUCAGCCCGCAUCAACUGGAAUCCAGGCUCAACUCUGCACCCACAUCAGCAUCUGCAGCGUCUCUCAUCACCCUGUUGGCAACCCUGACUUGUUUCAUGUUUCUACUGUAGAUCAUGCAGUGCCACUUUGUUUUUUUUUGUUUAUUUGUUUGGUUCCAGCACUGGAUUGUGAACAUGUUGAGGGUUAUUUUUUCAAGUGUUCCUACAAAGUUUUUAGAGAUGAACCUCGCCCAUGAAAUGAACAGAAUAGCACAGUUUGCAGUUUUGGUGUGUUAGAAGCACGGCAUUUAAGAGAAGUUUUCAACCACAUUUCAGUGGCUUGUAUACUGUAAUUACAUGACGCGACAUCUGGCUAUGUUUUGUGAAGUAUGUGCAACUGUGAUAUUCUUGAGUGCACUGCUAAAAUAAAACAAAAUUUACACAAA